ACGUGGGGAUGGGGCAGUGGUGGUGGGACUACUAUGUGGAAAGAGAAAGAAGAUCUGGUAAGUGCAGUAGUGACCACUAGCAUUUAAGGAGACAACCGAUAAUGUCUUUAAAAUAUUUUUUUCUCUUCAAGGUAGCAAGAAUCACUUACAUCCAUUUGUUAGCAUAAUGGCAUCUGAGAAAAAACCCACCCAGGGGAAUAAAAACCUUAAGAUAAGCAGAAAAAAACUCCUGGAAGAGUUAAAUGAAAGGCGUGAAUCCAACUGUCAGGUGGAAAGAAGCAAUAAAGUCAGCCUGCUGAGAGUUCAAAAGAGGCAUUUCAGUGUUGCCUAUCAGUCUCAGACCCAAACCCAAACUGAAGAAUUUGUUCCUGAGAGUGGCAGGAGCUCCUGGGUCGACAAGAGUCUACCUUUCCACAAGGAGAGAAGGCACUAUCCACCGAAAAAUAAUGCCAUUUUUGGAUAAAGUGCAUCUCUAGAGACGAACAAAUAAAGUACCUUUGGUUCUUCAAUGUUUGUCUGAAUUAUUUAGAAAAACUAAUUAUAAAAGAAGCUAGCACUCAGGAAGCUGAGAUCUGAGGAUUGUGGUUUGAAGCAA